AUGAAGGGAAUGACAUUGCACAGUUUAUGUUACUCUUCUUACUACAAGGUGUGUCUUAUGGCGAUGUUGUUAUCGGUGUACGGAUCUACCGCAUGGGCUGAAUACUCCGUUCAAAUAAACAGCACCAUUUCCGUUAAUCCUAACGGCGCCGGAAAUUUCACAACGAUCCAAAGUGCAAUCGAUUCCAUCCCUCUUUAUAACGAAAACUGGAUCCAUAUCCUCAUAGAAAACGGCACUUACAACGAGAAAGUGACGAUACCAUAUAAUAAAAGUUACGUAUAUUUACAAGGCGGAGGAAUUGAAAAGACGAUAAUAGCUUACAACGAUCAUCAGUUCACCGAUUCUAGCUCCACUUUCACGGCCUUUUCUGACAACAUCAUCAUCUCAGGAAUCACUUUCAAAAAUACUUAUAACAUCGGAGAUAUAGACACACCUAUUAAACCAGCGGUAGCUGCGAGAUUGCUUGGAGACAAGUACGUAGUGCUCGACUCUAGUUUUGAUGGUUUCCAAGAUACACUGUACGACUGUUUAGGUAGACAUUACUACAAAAGAUGUGUUAUCACCGGUGGCAUCGACUUCAUUUUUGGCUAUGCCCGAUCCCUUUACGAGGGGUGCACGUUGAAUGUAACGGUGGGAACCUAUGGACCAGACAGAGCGUUCGGUACGAUAACAGCGCAAGGAAACCAGUCACCGACGGCUGAGGGAGGAUUUGUGUUCAAUGACUGCACCGUUACGGGAAACGGCAAGGCUUUACUGGGACGAGCAUGGGAACCUUACGCUCGUGUCAUCUUUUACCGUUCCGAGUUAAGCGACGUAAUUUUGCCAAUUGGUUGGGAUGCUUGGAACGCAAAAGAACAAGAGGGCCAUAUAACGUUUGUGGAGUAUGGUUGUAUUGGAGCCGGAGCAAACACGUCACAGAGAGUGCCAUGGAUCAAGAAGGAGAGUGAAGAAUACGUUCUUAACCUCACCAGUCGUUCCUUUAUCAACCAAGAUGGUUGGCUUGAUAGGCUCCCUAUGAAAUUUUAGAACUGAUUGUAGUACGGAUUAGCUAG